AUGCCUCGUUCUGAUAAAGAGCAACUUGUGAAGCGUAUUGUACAACACUACAGAAUGGUAGCUAAGAAAAAGAAGAAUAUCACUGUUAAUCAUUUUUUGGCCGAAAAUAUUCCACGUCAAACGAUCUAUCGUAUCAUCUGGAAGUAUGAUACAUGUGAUACUAUUGGAGACAAACUCAGAAGUGGUCGUCCACGAAAAAUCUCUACCGGUCAACGAACACGUCUCAAAAGAUUGGUGAAUCACCAGACCGGUAUUUCAUUAAGAAGAAUAACGCAGAAAUUUCAUGUUCAUCGAAGGACUAUUCAGCGUGAAUUGAUUGAUAUGGGCAUACACUAUCGAAAAAAGAAACGUGCUCCUCGAUACACAGAAAAAAAAUCGAAGCAAUGCCAACAAGUACUCGACGUUUAUAUCGUACAUUAUUGA